AUGCACCCUGAGCAUCACGCCGCCCGCCGCUCUGCCCGCGCCUCCAACCUCUGGCGCCAGUAUGGCACACAGUCUAAUGCUGUCGUGGCGGUGCUAAGAGGAAAGUGUUCGGAGUUUUGCCCUGCGUACUUCGAAGGUCUUGUCGGCGCUACGCGGGCACGAUACGAGACGAAGACGAAACUCUGCGACGGCGUGGACCCUUACACACUGAGAGUCGGCGCGGAUGCGACUGCAGAUGUGGAGCUGCUGCCAGCUACAACGCAGGUGGACAUAAUCAAUUACCUGGUUUUAUCAACCAGCUACGUCACAUUGCAGCAGAUGAAGGUGUAUAAAUCGCUGGAUGCACACAACUACUUCACCAGCGGCUGGGUGCGGAACAUUGCAGCAAUGCGGCUCCAGUCGGAGCGCGUCAUCGUACUCGGCGAGGUCAGCCAUUCCCAGCGGCUUCGGGAGCCAAACCUGAAAGUGUGGUGCUUAGCAAACACAGAUGGCAGCAUUAUAACAGCGCACUGCACCUGCAUGGCAGGUGCAGGGGAAGCAUGCUCGCACAUUGGUGCUGUGCUAUUUGCUGUAGAGACAUCAGUGCGCUUAAGAGAAACGAGAACAUGCACAGGAAGAAAAAAUGCCUGGCUCCCAGCCAAUUGCUCUGGCACACAGCCCAAGCGCCUAAGAGACAUAGAUUUCUCGUCAUCCAAGAUGAGGAAGAGAAAAAUGGACUCGAUUCACCUGCAGCAAGGUGUUGAAAUCACAUCAACGUGCCUCCCACAAGCCCUGCCACUAGCUCCUACUGAAGAGUCAAUACAACUGUUCCAUUCACGUCUUGCUGAUGCUGGAGCUACACCAGCUGUCUUCAUGGUCCACCCAAGAAGCUCGAUCUGA